AUGAUGGCGGAAGCAACAGCUGUGAAACAACAACCAGGCCCGAAUACACAGACGAUGGUCACAGCAGCCGAGCGGCAAGCUUUAUUUCAAAAGCUAAUAACACGAUGUUCGGCUGAUGCUGCCAAACAAAUUGAAAGUCAAGCGUAUGAAAAGUCACACGGAAUCAAAUUGGAUUAUUUCAAAUUGGUUCAAGCAUAUUUUCAAAAGGUUCAAACUGUGCUUCAAAAUCGUGCUAGUCAACUUCAGCAGAACAACAACAACAGCUCAUUGCAAAAUGCUCAAGUCAAUGGUAACCAACAGUCGAACGGUGUAAUGGUCAGUCAGACCCAGCCGACACAAUUUCCUAUGGCUCAACAACAAUCGAACAGGCCGAUGAUGACUCCUCAAACAGGCCAAUUGAACCAAAUGCCAAGGUUGCGUGAGCCUGCAAAAUUCAAUCCGACGCCAACGAAUACAUUCACUUAUUCGCAAUCUUCUAUCCAGCCAACACCCCAACAGACUGCAACACCAACAAUUGAUACAUCGCAAGGACAAGGUUAUCAACAGCAACAAAUGAACAUCGUGAAUCAAAAUGACUAUUCAACACUUCAAUCUCGUUAUCCAAUGUUAGUAACAGGAAAUGUGCCGCGACAAAGGCCACUCAUAGGAAAUACUAACUUUCAAACACAAGCAUCAACAAACAAUUCCAAUGAUCUUUUACAGCAAUAUGUUGUUUCUAAUCCAUCAUCAACGCCAGCAACUUCUUUGAAUGCCAAUAAUCUAUCAAACGGUGAUCAGUUAUUACAGCGAAUCCUUUUGUCAAACAUCGAUGGAGGAACAAACAAAGUGACAACAGCCGCAACGACGACAACAACAUUAUCUCGACAAGCAACGGGACCAUUAAUGACACAACCAACUCGGUCAGCAAAUCCACUAAACAGCAAUGCAAAUAACAGUACAAGCACACUUCGUUCAACUUUAUCAGCUCAACAAUUAUCAUCUUCACCGUCGGUUGUUAUCAUACCAACGCCAAGUCAAACAUCAACUGUUCAAAUUCAGCCACAAAGUAAUGUGACUAUCCAACAAAGUCCUUUGAGCAACAACAGUGGACCACUUUCUGCUAAUUCACAACCACAAUCGACAAAUAGUUCAACACCAGUUCUUGGUAAUUAUUCAUCGCCAGCUAAUCGUACAUUGCAGCCAUCGAGUAUUUCGGGAAUUGGAAAUAUUUCUAGUCCCGACGAAGAAGUCAUGAAUUUAAUUAAGUAUCUUAAAGAAAAUGCCCAACGAUUACAGAUCUUAGCUCAGAAAUUUUCAAACGAAGGCAAUAACGAAAAAGUUCGUCAGGUUCAGUCGAUUUAUCAACAAAUCGGUCAAUUCGUCAACAAUCCAACUUAUGAAUCGUUGGCCAAUGCAAGACAGUAUCGUGAUAUGCUCGAGCGAAUAUCUAAUCGAGUACAACAGGUGAAUCCAACCAAUACGGCUCAACCUAAUGUGUUUAAUCAAUGCAUAAAGGCAACAAACGAAUUUCUUGGUCGUGACCAAAAGGACCGUUUGCUUGUAACAAAACGAUAUCUCGAGCCAUUGACUGACGUAAUCAAUGGUGUUCCACAUAAAAUGAUGCGUCUCGACGAUGAUAAUAAUUGUCCAAUAGCAAAAAUUCGUGCAAUUCACCAUUCAUCAGUGCUGUCUCGAAUCAAUGAUGAAAUCAACCAAUUACCAGAAGACAGUUAUUCGAUUGAAUGCGUGCCAAUCUCACGGACAAGAAAAACAAGUGAUAAAGAUGACGAAUAUUUGGGUAAAAAUAGUGUUAUUCUUCGGUGUAAAUUAUCGGGAAAACACAAUGCAAUGAUGCCACCACUUCGAUUAUAUAUUACAACAUUCUAUCCAAAGCAAGCACCGGAGGUUCUAUCAUUGACGAAAACAAUGCCACCUCGAUUAGAAUUUACAGAUGAACAUCCAUUGUUUGAUAAAGUUUCUUCAAUGUUUGUGUCGCACUUGUUCAAACUACGAGCUCAACAUUCGAUUACAGAUAUUUUGAACAUAUGGCGGUUAUCCGUCCAAGCAAUUAUGUGA